GUGUUCUGCGGCUUUCACGAUGUCGAGAAUCAUAGGAGCCAAAUCUGUUUCUUCGGAUAGUUUUGGCUCAAUCUCUUCGCCGUCUUCGCUCUUUCGAAUGAUCCGAGACGGCAUACAACAAAAAAGUCUGCAGUUUCCCUACGGAUUUGAAUUCGAGGUGAGGCGACUAUGCAAAUCGGGCGAAUUGAACCUUGAGGGUGCCCUUUUUUAUUUCGAUAAGCUUAUUGAGACAAGACCCAUCCCUUCGAUUGAUACUUUUAACCAUGUGUUGGGUUCUCUCUCGAAGCUCAGAGCGUAUUCGGAAGUGCUGUCCAUGUAUAAGAAGAUUAGGUACGAAGGCGUGAAUUCUGAUUUGUAUACAUCGAAUAUUGUGAUCAAUGCUUUUUGUCAUUUGAGGAAAAUAGAUUAUGGGAUUGGAGUUUUGGGUGAUAUCAUGAAGAGAGGUCUGGAAGCCAAUUCAGUGACGGUCGCUACUUUGGUGAAAGGUCUGUGUUCGGAAGGGAAAGUUUUUGACGCAGUUCAUUUGUUGGAUAAAAUGUCCGAGAGGGGGCUUCGUGGGGGUAGUCGUUGCGAGGCUAGUCUGCGUUGCUCUUACGGGAUGAUUAUCCAUUCACUUAUCAAGAUCUGUUCAGUGGAUAGAGCAAUGGUUGUAUAUCGGGGAAUGACAGAUAAUGGAGUUGCCCCUGAUGUAAUUGUUUUUGGUGACUUGAUUAAUGGAUUGAGUAGCUCGGGACGAUGGCAUGAGACACUCGAACUCUUUGAUGAGAUGGCUGCUCGAGGAAUCUCUCCGAAUCUAAUGAUUUACAAUUCCUUGAUUCGUAUAUACUGCAAACUAAGUUUGUGGGACGAAGUUGCAAAGAUGAUCCAGAAAAUGGAAAGAGAAGGUCUUUCACCGGAUCUCUGUACUAACAAUAUCUUUAUCGAUUGCUUGUGCAAAGAAAAGAAGGUGAAUGAAGCGAUUGAAGUGUUCGAAUCCAUGCUGGAUCAAGGCAUCGGGCCUGAUGUGUAUCUCUACAACUCGCUGUUGGCUGGUCUGUUUACGGUCAAAAGGUCAAACGAUGCUGCUGAGUUGUUUGAAUCAUUGAGGCAGGGAAACCUUCGGCCUGAUGUAGUUACAUACAACACAAUGAUCGUUGGCUAUUUCAAGAAUGGAGAAACUAAGAAAGCAUUGAAGCUACUAAGAGAGAUGAUUUGUGAAGGGUUGAAACCUGACGAGUUUACUUUUGCUGUCCUGCUUAAUAAUCUGAUAAAAAAUGGAAAACUGGAAGAAGCUCGGAAAUUUUUUGAUGAAAUUAUAGGUAUGGGUUUGGCGCCUAAUGUUGUAACAUACAACACAAUGCUCCAUGGACUCUGCAAAAGUAAGAAGCUAUCUGAAGCGAGAGAGUUGCUCAUUGAUAUGGAGGCAAAGGGUUGUCCUCCAGAUGCUAUUUCGUUUAACACGGUUAUUUGGGGUUUCCUUAAGGGUGAGAAGAUUGAAGAUGCAGUCCAGCUUCUUGAGAGCAUGCUUGAGAGGAACUUCUCUCCCUGUGAGGCUGUUCAGUCCAAGUUAGGUCGCAUUUUUGCAGAUUCUGAGGGUCGUAGAAUCCUUCAGCCACUUGCGGACACUUAUGGCAAGAAGAUCUUCGAGUAAAAUUAAUAUAAUCAGGUCUGGAAUAAAGACUAAAGAGAGGCUAACUCUUUUAGCGGCUGAUGACCCCGGAGUACAGAACAUAAAUCUGAUGGAGAGUCUCCGAGCGAGAGAUUCUACCCUAGUGCAGCUCUGCUGGUGGAGAAUUGUGUUGCUGCCUUCUCUGCUGCCUUCUUUUUCCCGGAGUUUCCUCGUUCUGAUUACUUGUCUUGUCUCAUUACUCUCUAAGCUUUGUUUUAGAUUUGGGCAGUGGAGUGGAGAAAGACCCUUGUCUCCAUUCACACCUUGCCAUGAGUUGCAGUCUUGAAUUCACCAUUCUCAUUGCAUAAUGUUUCUCCCUGUGCAAGACAUUUCUCUGCCUUAGUUCAUUUUAGUUUUGCUGACCCGCACAGCAGUAAAGUUA